UGGUAGUCAAGCGCAGAUCGGGAGAGAGACUAGUCGAACAUGGCUCUCUCCAGAGGCUUGAGAUGUUGUCAAAGGGUUUUCUCCUGGAUACCUGUCCUUAUAAUAGCCGCAGUGAUGUUGUGGUCAUACUACGCCUACGUAUUUGAGCUAUGUCUUUUUACACUAACCAACACACUGGAGAAAGUGGCCUAUCUACUGGUAUUUCAUGUUUGCUUUGUGAUGUUCUCCUGGACCUACUGGAAGUCCAUUUUUACCCCUCCUGCCUCACCAUGCAAAAAGUUUCAGCUGUCAUACUCGGACAAGCAAAGAUACGAAUUUGAAGAGAGACCAGAUGCUCAGAAACAAAUCCUGGUUGAGAUUGCAAAGAAACUGCCCAUCUUCAGUCGAGCUCAUUCUGGAGCUAUCAGGUUCUGCGACCGCUGCCAGGUUCUGAAGCCUGACCGCUGUCACCACUGCUCGGUUUGUGAAACAUGUGUAUUGAAGAUGGACCAUCACUGUCCCUGGGUGAACAACUGUGUGGGCUUUGCCAACUACAAGUUUUUCCUGCUUUUCCUGGCCUACUCCAUGGUGUAUUGUGUAUUCAUUGCAGCUACAGUCUUUCAGUAUUUCCUUAAAUUCUGGGUGGGGGACUUGCCAAAUGGACCUGCAAAGUUCCAUGUCCUCUUCCUCAUGUUUGUGGCGCUCAUGUUCUUCGUCAGUCUCAUGUUCCUCUUUGGCUACCACUGUUGGUUGGUCUCCAAGAACCGAUCCACUUUAGAGGCUUUCACAGCUCCAGUUUUUGUCAGUGGACCAGACAGAAAUGGCUUUAAUGUUGGCAUACGUAGAAACCUGCAGCAAGUGUUUGGAGAGGAUCGAAGGCUGUGGUUCAUCCCGGUUUUCACUGGCCAAGGGAACGGCCACUACUUCCCCUUGAAGAAUCGGAGUUCUGAGUCCCACAACCCCUUAUUAGCUAAUGAGGACCUGUGGGAGGAGUCUGAUGAUGGCUCUGAGGGAAGCCUGGUUGAGGACCAUGACCCUUCUGUUACCAUAGAGAUGGAGGAAUAGUAAUGUAAAGUAAGGACAAAAUACACUGGUACAGAGGACGUAGAUUCAUAUCACACACACUGUGGCAAACGCAUUCCAUAUCAUGUGGACCUUCAGACACUGAAAAAAUCCUGAAGGAGGCCAAACGUGUGGAUUAAAAGCUGCAUUUGCAUUGUUAUUGCCACUUGUCCCCAUGUGUUUUACAUAUUGAUGAACAGAGGAACUCAAUGGACAACCAGUAGUUUCACCUCUCCUCUCAGCAGUACAGCAGGAUCAGUUUGGUUCAGACCAAAACUUGUCAAAUAUUACCUUGUAUACAAAAAGACGGCUGUAUUUAUUACCAUGGGUCGUAUAUAUAUAUAUAUAUAUAUUUCCCUCUGGUUGUUCAUCACAAAGCAAUGGCCUCUGUGGGAUUAUAAAUAAGUGUUAAUUGGGGAGCUUCUGUACUGCUUUACAUGCCUGUGUUAUUGUUGGGUCGUGGGUUUACAGUGUCUGUGCUGGGUGGGUGGGGGGCUCUAACUUAACACCUAUGAUGCUGCAGAGGUCUCUUGUAGUGAUUCAGUUGUCUGGCCUCUACCAGUUUGAGCUUUGCAGAAUAUUAACAUGAUAUCUUACUUUUUUUUUUAUGCAAAUAAGAGUAUUAUAUUACCUGACUUAACCUCCGCCUUAUUAAUAUAUUCAUUUUUGUGUUUUUCGGACUCCUUUUCUUCUAAGAAUGUAUUCAGCUCCCUGCUUGUGAAUAGACUGUGCCAACGUUUCAGGCACCUAUUUACGAGAAAACUCAUAUUGUGCUUAAGUAGAGAAUCUCAGCAUUAAUAUUAUUUGAUAAAUAUGCCAUUAUUGAUGUCUGAUCAGACUGGUAAGGGUAUUAAAAACUAAACUACCGUAUAUUUGAAGUGUUAAUUCACUGUUACAGCUCAAUAUGUAUUAUGGCAAACGUAAUAUGUUCAAAAUUCUAAAGUGUAUCGUGUAUCAUUGCUUACAUUAUGUUGGAUACAUUGCUCUAAAGAAAUCGAGUGAUGGGUUUGAGUCCAAUGCCGGGGAUGAGCAUACAAAACAAACUGUGAUAGACUUUUUAUUUAAAAACAAUCACAAUCUUUCUACCAUACCAGCCUUCCCUAGUGCAGUAACACUUCUGUGUGGAAGUUAUAGGAAAGUGAAAUUAACUUUCAUCAUGGGUACAACAUAAUUUAUAGGUUCUAUGUCUGCUUGGACUUUUGAUCUCUUGAAACAUGCAGAUAAGUGUACAUAUAUAUAUAACGACUGGUCCUCAUCCACUGGUUGGUAGAGGAACGCGAUCUUCUGCAAUGUGAUGUUCCAAAUGGUUUUCUACAUGCGUUAAUGUAUUUUGAAAUUUUAAUAGUAAUGGAACAGAUCCUCCUGGUGGAAACUGUUGGUUUAUGGUAUUUAUUGUGUAUUUAUAUUUAGCCAGCAAACUUAGUUAAAAAAACUUCUGUUAGUGAGUACGUCCGUUUUAGUACAAUUCAAAAGUUUGGCCUUUAUCAAACCUUGAUACUGUUUGAUCUUGACACUUUAACUUGCUUCAUCAUAUCUGUUUUACUACUAUGUUGGGAAAGCCAAAUAAAAUGCUGCUCAUAUCUGAGAAAUUCACAAUAUAACAUACAUUAUAUGAGGUACAACUCAUUGUCUGAAAGCAUGUAUAAACUCUAGGAAAGAUGUGGAUGUUGAGUGUU